UUUUUUUUUUUUUUUUUUUUUUUCCAUUUUCUUUCCCCACAGAGUUUUUACUUUAACUUUUAUUAUUAUUAUUGACAAUGCCUAUUCAUAAAGUUUUACAACAGAGAUUAUGUUUAAGCUCUAUGACUAGUUUACAAAGAUUUAACUUACUUUAUUGUUCUCCAAUGAUGAGUCGCAUGUCACAUCAACAUGUAGCAUUAAUCUCUUUAUUACAAAAAAAUUUCUAUAAUACACAAAACGAACCUUUCAAGAUUGUCAACUAUAAAGAUAUUAAGAAUAUUAUUGAACAUAAGGAUGAUUCUUAUAUCAUUGAUGUACGAGAGCCAAAAGAAGUGAUUAACGGCUCAAUUCCUACUUCAAAAAACGUACCAAUGAGCCAAUUGAUGCACGCUUGGAGUUUAUCAGAAAAGGAUUUCGAAAAUCAAUUUGGAUUUCAUAAGCCUAAAAAAGAUGCUAAAAUUACUGUUUAUUGUCAAGCUGGUGUUCGUAGUACGAAAGUAGCCGAAUAUCUUUCUAGUUUAGGGUAUAAAAAUCUCCAAAACUACGUGGGCAGUUGGGCUGAUUACAUUGAACACCAAAAGGGAGGAAAAUGAAAAUAAAGGAGUUCUCUUUCUUCCCUUUCCCUCCCCCC